ACACAAAGAUUUACCUAAAGUAUUUUGUAAUCGUUUCAUAUGUGAAAGUUAUAUGUCUUAUAUUGAGCUCAACUUGAUUCCGUUUCUUAGGACUGUUUUAGCAAAACAGAUAACCGAUGGGAAAUUGCAUUUCAAAAUCGAAAGAAGAAACAGAUUAUGAUAACAAUUCAUGUUACAAUGACCCAAGUGACGUAUAUGUAACUAUAGAUGAUAACGCAGUAAAUGAUAUUCAAGAUAAUAUAGCAGAGCCAGUAAAUAUUGAUGAAAGCAGUAUAUAUGAUCAGUUAUUUUCAAACAACCAUAUUUUGGUGGCAGCGAUUGAUUUUGGAACGUCGUAUUCUGGAUACGCAUUUUCAUUUCGACACGACUAUCAACGAGAUCAGCUUAAGAUAUCUACCAAUCUGUGGGCACAUAACAGCGGGCUAUCAGCAAAGGCUCCAUCAGCAGUUUUGAUUGGUCCAGAUCGUCAAGUUAAAGCUUUUGGAUAUGAAGCACACAGUAAAUACAACGAAUUGAUAGAGAGUGGAUAUGAGACAAAUCAUCUAUAUUUUGAAAAGUUUAAGAUGGUUUUGUAUACUGUCGAGAAUCUUAACAACCUAACUGUAAUCCAGGAUAUUUGUGGAAAGGAAAUGCUUGCUAUUGAAGUGUUUGGCUUGGUCAUCGAAUAUCUCCGAAAUCACCUGCUGAGUCGAUUGGAGAGUCAAGACUCUAAAUCAGGGCUUAAGGAGGAUAUGAUACAGUGGGUACUUACUGUUCCUGCCAUAUGGGGUGAGAAAGCAAAACAGUUUAUGCGAUAUGCGGCUGCUAAGGGAGGCAUUCCAAACGAGCAUUUAAUUCUCGCUUUAGAACCAGAAGUUGCGUCACUUUACUGUAGGCAUUUCCCACAGAAUCUAACAAUCUACGGAACAAGAAGUUUCACAGAUGCAUUUGAAAAUGGAUCAAAAUACCUAGUGUUGGAUAUUGGAGGUGGAACAGUUGAUGUGACGGCGCACGAAAUACAAAGUGAUGGAACACUUAAAGAGUUGUACCAAGCCUCUGGGGGCUCGUGGGGUGGUACAACAGUAGAUAACGAAUUCAAGAAACUACUUAUUACGAUAUUUGGUUCCGAAGUUAUUGCCGAAACAACUACAGAUUAUCCAAGCGAAAUGGUAGAUCUAAUGCUAGAUUUUGAAAUGAAAAAGAGAACUUUCGAACCGGGCAUUACUAAACACGUGAGUUUAAAAUGCCCUACAUGUCUGUUUUCUACUUAUCAGAAGAAAAACAAUGCCAGUAUAGUAGAAACCAUUGUGAACACCCCAAUCGGUGACAAAAUCAAAUUUUUAAGAGAUAAGCUAAUUAUAUAUUCAGAGAAGUUUGAAAGUUUGUUUGAUAAUACUGUUAAUAAAUUAGUAAUGCAUCUGAGGAAACUACUUCAUUUAGAACAGUUGAUGGAUAUAACGACAAUCCUUCUUGUCGGUGGCUUUUCAGAUUCCAUUAUCAUCAAAAACAGCAUUUUGUCAAAUUUUCCAAAUAUCCGUAUCAUUAACCCAGAGGAUUGUUCUCUGGCAGUCCUAAAAGGUGCAGUUUUGUAUGGACACAAUCCAAAGAUAAUAAAAUCAAGAAUAUGCAAGUUUUCAUAUGGAAUCGGCAUUCAUGUCAAGUUUGAGGAUGGUGUUCACCCAGAGGAAAGAAAACGUACAAUAAGUGGUAGUGAUAUUUGUGAUGAUGUCUUCGAUGUUCACUUAAAUCUAGGAGAAAGAGUUGAAAUCAAUACACCGAGAUUAGAAAAAGUUUACCAUGCACAAAAUAAUCCUGCCAAAAUUGCCUACCUGGACGUGUAUGCUUCUACUUCUGAAUCCCCAAUGUUUGUGACAGACGAAUCGUGCAAUAAAAUAGGAUACGUUAUCCUGGAACUCUCAGGAGAUAAGGAGACAAACGAAAGUACAGAGGGGACAGAAACGAAAAUAUUUGUCAGUUUUCAUUACAUUGGCUCCGAACUAGGAGUGGUUGUAAGAGAAGCAAGCACAGACAAAAUUUUAAGAGCAAAAUUUGAUUUCAUGGGAUAAAUAUUGCUUUAGGCUAUUAUGAAAAAAACUCUUUGCUUGUUUAUUUAUUAUCUUUUAUAACAUGCGUACUGUAAAGCAACGGUACUGUUUUAUGGACCCUGAUUAUACAUGACGUUGCGCACGAUGUUGGUACUACUUAGCGUUUCACGACGUUCCUCAAAAUAAGGCGAUUUCGACGAUUUCAAAGAAAGUUUCAGGCGUUCAAGCAUAUUAUUGAUGAUGUCAAUUUACUGUUGUAAAUUUGGUAACCGAUUUCAGUUUGUCUGAAAAAAUGCAUAAAUGGCCUGUAAAGACUGACAACUCCUGUAAAUGAAUUUCAUUAAAAAAAUAUCUAUACGACCACUUUGAGUUUUAUUUGUAAAUAAUUGAUAAUUUUCCUUUCGGCAGCAGUUCGCAUUAAUGAAUCCGAUACAAUAAUGUCCAAAUUUACACAGAUUUAUUUUUAAUAUAAAUUAG